GUUGGAAUUAACCUGUAAAUAAAAACAUCUCAUAUUUGAAAGUAAUAAAAUUACAUUUUAUUAUAUUUCUCAUUCUCUGCUCAUAUUGUUCUGGAUUUAACAUGUAAUUUGAUCUUACUAAUUGGAAUAUGGGAAAAAUGCAGAAAUAAUAAAACAUCACUCUGGAAUGCACAACAAUUUUUGGAAAAAAGGUUUUUUCGACAAUUGAUUUUUUUACACUAAGCACUCAAAUCAUGGAUAAUGCACAAAAUCUGCCGAACAAUCCUCCAAAAAGCGUGGAUGAUUGCAACCAGGUACAGGAACUAGCAUCAUGGAAAGCGCUUGCUAUAAGUUUAUCAUUUGAAAACCGAAUGCUCCAUAGACAUUUAAAAGACAUCUAUACAGACUUAAUUGAUAUGCAUGAUAAAUUCAACAUGGUUUUUGAAUCGAACAAUGUUUAUUAUUCACCAACUGGUAAAAGUACUCAUGAACCUAUGACUUAUGAAAUAUUUAGAAAACAUGCAUAUAAAGAUGUAACAGAAAUCGAUGAUAUUCAUGAACCUAGAACAGAAGAUCUUUCAUCUUCAUUGAAAAAUGAAGUUGAUACUUUGAUUGAUACUAAACAGAAGAAGCAUAAUAUGGUCAACCAAGCUGAAAAUAAUGAUAAGGAAAAAAGUGAUGAUAUAGAAAAAUCUGAAGAUGAAAUUUAUGAACUUAAGAAUAAGAAUGAAAUAAGAAAUAGAAGAAAGGAUAUACUGAAAGAGCUUUAUGGUUCUAAUAGUGCUCAGAUAGCUGGCAUUGAAACAGCAUUACAGUUAAAUUUUGAACGUGUUAAUAGUCAAUUGAAGCCAAGUUUGUGGCCCGAACUACAACUGAAUUUAGGCAAAUCAACAGUUUCAAAAAUUCGAACUGAAGAAUAAAGUUAUUAUCAACUCAUUAUAAUAUUGGUCAUUAAUAAUUUUGAUUAUAAGUUGGAAUCGAAGCAAAUGGAAAAAUGAUCUAUGAUUUUAGAGAUGUUGAAAUGAUAUAUUGUUUAGUUUUACUCUGGUAAUUUUCAAGUUUAAUUUUUCUAAAUCAAUUAGAAUAUUUAUAAUUACCACUUGAAUAUUUUGUUUAUUUUGGUUUAGAAUUUUUUGAUAUAUGUUGGUUAUAUUAAUCCACAAAAUGUAUUCAAAAUCUUUUUCAAAUAAUAAAAAGUAAAAUGUUAAAUAUG